CUUCUGUUUCCUUCCCCUUAUCAUUAUCAUUUUUUUUAGCAUCUGUAGACUGAGAAGGAAUGGCGUCGUGGUCGUCGCCGUCCGCCGCCGCCGUCGCCGCCUCCGGCACCCGAUUCGGCGGCCUCUUCACCGGCCGCUCGCAGGGGCUCCUCCCCUCUCCGCCGCUCGCCCGCAGAGUCCCUGACUCCCUGCUCCUCCUCAGGCCCCACCGGGACGGCCGUGGCCAUGGCCUCCUCAAGCUCGGAGAUGACUCCUCCUCCAGGUGCCGCGCCGUCGCCGCCGAGGUCGAGGGCCUCAACAUCGCCGGCGAUGUCACCCAGCUCAUCGGCAAGACACCUAUGGUAUAUCUCAACAACAUCGUCAAGGGCUCUGUCGCCAAUGUCGCUGCCAAGCUCGAGAUUAUGGAGCCCUGUUGCAGUGUCAAGGAUAGGAUAGGAUAUAGUAUGAUAACCGAUGCUGAACAGAAGGGCUUGAUAACUCCUGGAAAGAGUGUUUUGGUGGAAGCAACAAGUGGAAAUACAGGCAUUGGUCUUGCCUUUAUUGCUGCUUCCAGAGGAUAUAAGUUGAUACUAACAAUGCCUUCAUCAAUGAGUAUGGAGAGAAGAGUUCUACUCAGAGCUUUUGGUGCUGAACUUGUCCUUACAGAUGCUGCUAAAGGGAUGAAAGGGGCCCUAGAUAAGGCUACAGAGAUUUUAAAUAAGACACCCAAUGCAUACAUGCUUAAGCAGUUUGACAACCCUGCCAACCCGAAGGUACACUAUGAGACUACUGGACCAGAGAUCUGGGAGGAUUCAAAGGGGAAGGUGGAUAUAUUCAUUGGUGGAAUUGGAACAGGUGGAACAAUAUCUGGUGCUGGCCGUUUCCUGAAGGAAAAAAAUCCUGAAAUUAAGGUUAUUGGUAUUGAGCCUUCUGAAAGCAACAUACUCUCCGGUGGGAAACCUGGUCCACAUAAGAUUCAGGGAAUUGGGGCAGGAUUUGUUCCAAGGAACUUGGAUAGCGAGGUUCUCGAUGAAGUAAUUGAGAUAUCAAGUGAUGAAGCUGUUGAGACAGCAAAGCAGUUGGCUAUUCAGGAAGGAUUGCUGGUUGGAAUCUCCUCUGGAGCGGCUGCUGCUGCCGCCAUAAAGGUUGCCAAGAGACCAGAAAAUGCUGGAAAGCUGAUAGUGGUUGUGUUUCCAAGCUUUGGUGAGAGGUACCUGUCGUCUGUCCUCUUUCAGUCGAUAAGAGAAGAAUGUGAGAACUUGCAGCCUGAACCAUGAGCGAACCCUCAGUUUUAACAGCAUGAGAAAUGUUUCUGAAAUAAGAUAUGUGGUCUCUGAGAUGUGUUAUACCACUCCGCUUGGUAUCAUUUGGCCCUACCAUCAUUUUGUGUCUCUGAAUGGAACUAAUGAGACCUGUGGAGAAAUAUCUGUGACUCUCCUAAUGUUUUCCUUAGUCAACAUGGAAACGCUUCUUAAAUUGUCUAUACGAUUCGUGCUGACUUGAUUUUGAUUGGUAAAUGUAAACAACUCAUCCUGGAAUCUUUAAAGUUAAACAAGUGUCAAUUGGUUGAAUUA